GCAUGUUCUCCUUGUCUGUGAUGGUGGGACUCGUCCCCGUCGUGUCUAUCUUUGGUUUGUUCUACUCUGCCGCAAUGGAUCCUAACUUUCCUCAGGGCUGCACCAGCAGCAACAAUCUGUGUUUCUACAGUCUGCUGCUACCUGUCACUAUCCCCGUCUAUGUCUUCUUCCGCUUGUGGAGCUGGAUGGGAAUAAAGCUGUUUAGGCACAAUUAAUUAGUUGAUUACAAUGUAAAAAGACCAA